CUCACUCAUCAACCUCAUGGCGGGCAAAGAGAUAGCGAACAUAUCUCCUACCAUGGAACGCUGUACAAUGCAUUGGCAAGAAUACAACAUCGAUUUCGGCGGAGACUCAUACAAGGUUUUUGGUACCGUCGGACUCGAGGAACCGCAGCUGGGAAUAAAAGAGUACCUCGAGUCUGUCAAGAACGCCUAUCGACUUAUCAAGGAAUUGUAUAGAAGAGGCGGCAUUGAUCUGCUUCUAUUUUGCGUUCGCGCCGGCAGAGUCACUGCCACGCUUCAGAGCAACUACCGACUCUUUUACGAAUUCCUUUGCGAGAAGAAGGUCCCAAUUGUACUUGCGAUCACGAACCUCGAAAGAGAGUUGAGGAUGGAGGACUUUUGGGAGAGAAACCACAGCACCUUCGACAAAUACCAGAUCCAGGUCGCUGGUCAUGCGUGUAUCACCGUCGCCAAUAGAUUGGACGGCAGACACAAACACCUUUAUGAAGAAUCGCGCAUCACGAUCCGCAAUCUUGUUAGGAAUUUACUGCUGACGGACAGAAGCAAGCAUGGAUUGGAGGGGAUAAUCUGUUUGCGUCGUUGUUGCGCAAGCUGAAGGAGUUUCUCACAGGGGGUUCGAAUGUGAGAAGGAAGGAUCUUGUCCCUCAUCUCACAAAGUGUUGUGGUAUAUCUCCAGACGCUUGCAAAUCAGUUGGCUAAAAUGAUCAAGCAGGACGUAGAUUCAUGACUU